GAGAGAAAGGAGACUUUCCUCUAGAGCAAGACUCGAGAGGAAAAAAGUUGCUGGCCUUGGUGGAUGUUUCUCGGACAUGGAGCGCCAAGGGGAGUGGAGAAGGAGCGACGGGCGUGAGAAAAAAGCUCCGAUCAUGAUCACUUUGUGUGAAACUGUGUCGCAUUUCAGACACUGACCCAACGCGGAGAAAAAGCUUUGUUGCAAUGAAACCCUAAAGAGGGAAGAUGGAAAGGUAAUUUGGCCUUAGGGCGGGCGGGACAGAGAAAGUUUGACAGAAAAUCGGCAGUGGAUGGGAAAAAUCGAAUGAUUGAUGUGAGCAUGCGGUCGCAGGACGCAUGAACAUUUGUUUGCAGAAAUGACCAGUCUCCAGAGUCCUUAUUGUCUGUGUCACAAGGAUGGCUGGUCGUCAGGCUUGCGAACAUACAGAGCAAGGAAUGAAUCCGGCGACAUCGGGGUCGAGGACUUAGAGCCGGGACUCUUGAGAGACUGAGAGACCGUGACAGAGGCGACGCUUGGCCGGAAUGAGAGCCGGCGAGAAAACAAACACAGCUUGGGGAAGUGCCUGGCAUCUCCCCGCAUGGCAGCCUACGCUAGCCAGAUCACCCUCCGUCUCUCCCCCGGAUCCUGGCCCCGACGUCUUCGUCGUAACCGCCCAGUCCGCUACUCGAGCAAGUAUAUAAAGUCCAUCCCUUUCACCGCACUUACUUUCUUCUGCCGCUCUUCUCCCACAUCCCUUAAUCCAUUAUCAUCACAAUGGCUGGUGGUCCUGUAGCAGCUAGUGGCAGCGUCGGUGCCAAUGCACCCAAGUCCAAACUCGCUGGUAUCCUCAUGGUCUCCUUCGCCUGCUUUGGUGGUAUUCUUUAUGGUUAUGACACCGGUACCAUCUCUGGUAUCACCGCCAUGAAAGAUUGGCUUCGUCUUAUGGGCAAACCCACCAACGAUCUCGCUCAACAUCCUACCGGUUAUAUGAUCACCUCUUCCCAGCAGUCCCUCGUCACCUCCAUUCUCUCCCUCGGUACUUUCUUCGGUGCUCUCUUCGGUUCUCCUCUUUCCGAUACCCUCGGACGUCGCGGUGCCAUCUUCGUCGCAUGCCUCGUCUUCGUCUUUGGUGUCUCCAUGCAAACUGGUUGCCAUACCUUUGCCCUCUUCGUCGUCGGCCGUGUCUUUGCCGGCCUCGGUGUCGGUAUCGUCUCCACCGCCAUUCCCAUGUACCUCUCCGAAUGUUCUCCCAAAUGGAUUCGUGGUGCCGUCGUUUCUGGCUACCAAUGGGCCAUCACCAUUGGUCUGCUUCUCGCGUCUGUGGUCAACAAUGCCACUCAAGACCGUGAUGACCACUCCGCAUGGCGUAUUCCCACCGCUGUCCAACUCAUCUGGGCUUUCGUCCUCUCUGUCGGUAUGAUUUGGCUCCCAGAGUCUCCUCGAUUCUUGGUCAAGAAAGGCCGAUUAGAUGCCGCUGCUGCAUCGCUUGGACGUCUCACGUCUCUGCCACCCAAUGAUCCCGAGGUUGAAUUCGAAUUGAACGAUAUUCAAGCUGCGUUGAAGGAAGAAGAAGAACUCGGCGAGAGCUCUUAUCUCGAUUGCUUCAGACCUACGCACAACAAGAUCCUCCUUCGUACCCUCACAGGUAUCUUCAUCCAAGCAUGGCAACAACUCACCGGUAUCAACUUCAUCUUCUAUUAUGGUACGGCGUUCUUCCAGAACUCGGGCAUCAAAGACCCCUUCCUCACCACCGUCGCAACCAACAUCGUCAACGUCUUCAUGACCCUCCCAGGAAUGUGGGGAGUCGAACGUUUCGGUCGUCGUACCCUCCUCAUUUGGGGAGCAGCUUGGAUGUGCAUGUGCGAGUUCCUCGUGGCCAUCAUUGGCGUCACCAUCUCCGUCCAAAACACCUCUGGCCAAAAAGGGCUCGUCGCCCUCGUUUGUCUAUACAUCGCGGGCUUCGCUUCGACUUGGGGUCCCAUUGCUUGGGUGAUUACGGGGGAGAUCUUCCCGCUUAAUGUGAGGGCGAAGGCGAUGUCCCUUUCUGUCGCGUCGAAUUGGCUUUGGAAUUUCGGUAUUGGAUACGCGACGCCGUACCUUGUGAAUACGGGUCCUGGGAAUGCGGGCUUGCAAGUGAAGGUGUUCUUUAUUUGGGGAUCGACUUGUGCAUGUUGUGUUAUCUUUGCGUACUUUUGUGUACCAGAGGUUCGUACGCUCUCUAUCUCUCUCUCUCCGUUCUCUCUUUCAAGAUCAAGCUUACUGAUUAUGGCUGUCUUGUCUUUUCUUUAUGUAGACAAAGGGACUCUCGCUCGAACAGAUCGAUAUUCUAUACCAGAACUCCACGCCACUCACCUCCGUCAAGUACCGUCGGGAACUCCUUGCCAAUGACGUACAUGUAUCCGAUAAAACUGGCAAAGUACAUACGGAUGAUCGUGCGUCGGACGAGAAGGUGUAAAAAAGUAUCUGCUUUCCUCGAGCCUUCUUCCCUACUCCCUACUCUUUACGCCCUGACCCUGCUUCUUUUACGACGUCCUAUAUACUCUACACUCUACGAUACCUCACGCGCACGCUUUUUUUCAUGUCAACAAACCAUAUCCCCCUCCCCUUUGUACCACUAGUCAGGCCUUCAGAAUUGCAUAUCUUUACGUUUUUUGGCGUUUUUUCUUCCGAUAGUGUAAUGUUGUUUUGUGGUUCCGAAAUGCUCUAGUGUUAGCCUAUAUGCUAUUGGUAUACUAGUGUAUUUAAUGGGAUCAGUGUUCCUCGGAAUAUGUUCUUUGAAUGUGUGAAGUUCCCAAGCUCUGAGGCAUGAGUGCGAAGUAAGAUGGAGGUACGUUGGUGCGUUGGUGCUUAAUCGAGCUUGACGU